AUGGAGUCUCCUCGGAAACGAACCCAGGAGUCCAUUGUACGAAGAAGGGUACUAAGCAAGGCCUCGAUCCAAAAGGGUAAAAAUGGAGGGCAAGGACCGUCCCACUUUUCGUCAGAGAGCCUUGGUUUCCCAGACGCCCGGGCUGAGCCGUUGCUAUGCCAACGCCCCGAUUUGUUGAUCAGAACGGGUCUUACAUAG